GCCAGGACACCGGAGGCGACGGGCAGGGCCAUUUAUCCAUCAUCAGAUUCUCCCGCUUUGAAGAUGUCCCAGUCUUCCCCAGCGGAUGAAGGUACAACGUUCGAACACCUCUGGAACACCCUGGAGCCGGACAGCACUUAUUUUGACCUCCCCCAGUCUGGACACGCUGGGGCCAGCAACGCACCCAACCGCACGGAGGUCACCAUGGAUGUCUUCCAGAUGAGAAACAUGAACGAUUCGGUGAUGUCUCAGUUUAAUUUGCUGAACAGCAGUAUGGAUCAGAAUCCUGACAGCCGGGCCGCCUCCUCCAGUCCCUACAGCUCCGAGCACGCCUCCACCGUCCCGACGCUCUCGCCCUACUCCCAGCCCAGCUCCACGUUCGACACCAUGUCGCCGGCACCUGUCAUCCCGUCCAACACCGACUACCCCGGCCCCCACCACUUCGAGGUGACCUUCCAGCAAUCCAGCACCGCCAAGUCGGCCACCUGGACCUACUCUCCGCUGCUAAAGAAGCUCUACUGUCAGAUUGCAAAGACGUGCCCGAUCCAGAUCAAAGUGUCGACGCCGCCUCCACCCGGGACCGUCAUCCGGGCGAUGCCCAUCUACAAAAAGGCGGAGCAUGUGACGGAAGUGGUGAAGCGGUGUCCAAACCACGAGCUCGGGCGUGACUUCAACGAUGGGAUGUCAGCUCCAGCUAGUCACCUAAUUCGCGUGGAAGGCAACAAUCUCUCUCAGUAUGUUGAUGACCCUGUCACUGGAAGACAGAGCGUGAUGGUUCCUUAUGAGCCCCCCCAGGUGGGUACCGAAUUCACCACCAUCCUCUACAACUUCAUGUGCAACAGCAGCUGUGUGGGCGGCAUGAACAGACGGCCCAUUCUGAUCAUCAUCACCCUGGAGACCAGAGAUGGACAGGUCUUGGGGCGAAGGUCGUUCGAAGGCCGGAUCUGUGCCUGCCCUGGCAGAGACCGGAAAGCAGACGAGGACCACUAUCGAGAGCAACAAGCCCUGAACGAAAGCGCAGUGAAAAAUGGCAAUCCCAAUAAACGGACUUUCAAGCAGAGUCCUCAAGGGAUCCCAGCUCUCGGGACUGGAAUUAAGAAACGGAGGCAUGGGGAAGAAGAAACGUAUUAUGUGCCUGUCCGGGGCCGAGAGAAUUUCGAGAUCUUGAUGAAGAUCAAGGAAAGCCUCGAGCUGGUCGAGCUGGUUCCCCAGCAGCUGGUCGACUCGUAUCGGCAGCAACAGCAGCAGCUUCUGCAGCGCCAGACUCACCUCCAGCCUCCUUCUUCAUACGGCCCUGUUCUGUCUCCGAUGAACAAGCUCCAUGGAGGAGGGAUCAACAAGCUGCCACCGGUGAACCAGCUUGUCGGGCAGCCUCCGCAGCAUAGCUCCGCCACGGGUCCAAACCUCGGCCCGAUGGGGUCAGGCAUGCUGAACAGCCACGUCAUGCAGUCCAACGGAGAAAUGAACGGCGGGCACUCCUCGCAGUCGAUGGUGUCGGGGUCUCAUUGCUCCCCUCCUCCGCCCUACAACCCAGACCCAAGCCUCGUCAGUUUUUUAACAGGACUGGGGUGCUCAAACUGCAUUGACUAUUUCACUUCACAAGGGUUACAGACACUUUACCACCUGCAGAACCUAACCCUAGAGGAUCUCGGAGCCCUGAAGAUCCCUGAGCAGUACCGGAUGAUCAUCUGGAGGGGCCUCCAGGAACUGAAACAGGGCCACGACUAUGGCGCUCAACAGCUCAUCCGCUCCAGCAGCAAUGCCUCCACCAUCUCCAUCGGCACCUCCGGGGAGCUUCAGCGGCAACGCGUCAUGGAAGCCGUCCAUUUCCGCGUGCGCCACACCAUCACCAUCCCCAACCGGAGCGGGGCCGACGAGUGGGCGGACUUUGGCUUCGACCUCCCGGACUGCAAAUCCCGCAAACAGUCCAUCAAAGAGGAGUUCACGGAGGGAGAAAUCAACUGAACACCCCACCAGGAGCCCACAGACUGCGGCAGAAAGUCAUGGGACCUGGAAGGUACGUAACAGGCUGGGCGGAGUGAGUUUGGGGG